AUGCAGAGAGUGGUGCUCCUCCUCCUGAUCGGAAUCGUGGAUCUGACCAUGUGCCAGCAUAACAGCCAGUUCCACUGGCUGUCUCAUCUGCGAGGGCGGCGUCGGCACGCCAGCUGGCAGGCCGACCAGGUGGACUGCCCCCUGGAGUGCGACUGCCCCACAACCUAUUUCACUGCUAUGUACUGUCACAACCGUAACCUACAGCAUGUUCCCUACGUACCCUCACGCAUAAAAUAUGUCUACCUGCAGCACAACCGGAUCACUGGCAUCCAGGAUGGGGUGUUUGACAACGCUACCAACUUGGUCUGGGUCGUGCUGUUUAACAACCAGCUCAACUCAGACAAGAUUGGCAACAACGUCUUCAGCAAGCUCAAGAACCUGGACCGGUUGCUCCUGGAUCACAAUGAGCUCACCCAUGUGCCACCCAACUUGCCCAAGUCCAUCACAGACCUGCGGCUCGGUCAUAACAAGAUCUCAAAAAUCCUUCCCAAAUCGUUUGAGGGGAUGGCCAACCUCACCUCCCUUCAGCUGCAAGCAAAUGUCAUAGAGGACGUUCGAGGUGUGUUCAAGGGGCUGAAGUCACUGACUUUGCUGGACAUGAGGAAAAACAAACUGAGGAAAAUCCCUGACAAUCUCCCUGAGAGGCUGCAACAGCUCUACCUGGAGUUUAACAGCAUAGAGAGUGUGCCUGAAGGCUUCUUGACCCUGUGUCCCGCACUGCAGUAUGUCCGGUUGGCUCAUAACAAGCUGACCGAUAAAGGACUUCCAUCCAAUGUCUUCAACAUCAGCAGGCUGACUGAGCUCGACCUGUCCUUCAAUAAACUGGAGAAGAUCCCUGUUGUCAGCAGGAACCUAGAGAACCUUUAUCUGCAAGCCAAUAAAAUCAAAGAGUUCUCCCUUCGCAGCUUCUGCAGUGCAAUCGACAUGACAACCUUCUCCAGGCUGAGAGUGCUGCGCCUUGAUGCCAAUGAGAUCAGUGCCAGAGACAUUCCUGCUGAAGCGGCCUACUGUUUGCGGCGCGUCGCCUCUAUUGACGUGUAGAGCUUCCCGAUGUCUUUCCCUUGGUCAGGGGUGUUGGUCCUCCCGUCACACUCUGACGUCCUGUCACCUGCCACCAUGGUUACCCACUCUCCACCUACGUCAAAACAUUCUUGGAAUAACGCGUUGUGAAAUUGUUAUGAGAGAUUCUGUUAAUAUUCGAAAUGAUUAAAUAGUUCAAGUAUUAGUCAACAGGAAAUACCACAGUUGUAUAAUCAUGUAUCCAGAUGACAGGCAUAUGGAUGAGAGAGAGAGAGAGAGAGAGAGAGAGAGAGAGAGAGAGAGAUGACUAACAUCCUUUCAACAAACUAAUCAUAUUAUCGCAACCAGUAUUCUGGCUAAAUAUUACAGUAUAUAUAAAUUAGUAUAAAUAAGUUGUAGCUGAGGACUAAUUAUGCUUGCGUCAUAUCGAGUAAAGAGUAACUUGUAUAAAAUUAAACGUCAACAGCAUUAAGCGUGAGAUUCAGUUUUGAUCUUUGCCUCCACCAUGUGGCACGAGGUGAUAAAACAGUAUUUUAUUGGGCAAGGUCAUAUUCUUUAAUUUACAAUAAGUGUACACUUAAUGAUUCUACUGUUCGAUAAC